GUGAGUUGCAGAGAUUUUUCAUCCUUUUGCGAGCUUUGCAGCUCGCGAGCCCUAGACAUCCUCGACUGGCAUCGCGGAGCCGAGGACGCAGGGCCAGGGAGCUUCGGUUUGUUGCUUCCCGCAGCUCUUUGUGCUCCUAAUGGAGCGAGCCGUAGGUUUCAGGCCCGCCAAUGCUCGCCCCGUCGUCGCGCUGGGGCAGACCGUGGAGCAUGCGAUGAAUUUAACCAUGUUUGACGCGCAUGGCGCACCCCUUGCCAGGCCGACUGUGGAGGGGUGCAGGAGCCGCAAUCAAUCGGGUGAUGCGGAACCCUGGAUUUUACCAAUACCUGUGCACAUCGUCACGCAUCACUCACAGCUCCCGAUGUCCUUCCUGCAGCCCAGGCCUGAUCAGCCACUCGUGAUAGGUUUUGACUGUGAAGGGGUUGACCUCGCUCGCUAUGGCCGCCUCUGUAUCAUGCAAUUGGCAUUCGACGACGCCGUCUAUUUGGUGGACGCAGUAAUGGGAGGCAAUUCAUUGAUGCAAGCUUGUAAACUGGGUCUGGAGUCACCCUAUGUCAUCAAAGUUUGUCAUGACUGUAAGCGCGACAGUGAGGCCUUGUAUUUCCAGUACGGCAUCAAACUGAACAAUGUGUUUGACACCCAGAUUGCCUAUACAUUGCUGAAGGAACAACAUGGAAAAAAAUGGGUGCCAGAUGAUUACAUUUCUUUUGUGGAUCUCUUGGCAGAUGAAAGAUAUUGUGGUGUAGUUUACGAUGAGAAAGAGGAGGUCCGAGUGCUGCUGAGGAAGGAUCCUCAGUUUUGGGCGCAUAGACCCUGGACUGUGAUGAUGAAGCGCGUCGCAGCUGAUGACGUGCGAUUUCUUCUCCGUAUUUAUGAGCGUAUGGUGAAGUCCUUAACGGAGCUAUCCAAGUGGCGUCUUAGUGUUCGAAGCUCUCUUUACUGCCAGUGCUUCUGCGCUGGUGAUGAUUGUUUCUUGGGUUGUCCCCUUCCACCCCCUCCAGAGCAACUGAUCAAUGGAGAACUUCUUCAAGAGGAGGUACUGGCGGUGGUAGAUGUUCCUAGUGGAAAGAUGGGUCUCGUUAUUGGCAGAAAAGGUUCCUCCAUCCUUUCUAUCAAGCAAUGCUGCAGGGCUGACAUCUUCAUUGGGGGACAAAAAGGACCCCCUGAUAAGAUCUUUGUCAUUGGAGCCGUCAAGGAAGUGCGCAAAGCGGAGGCAAUAUUGCGAGGAAAAUUUCUACCGAAUUGAGACAUGUGGGUUUGUACAGGCCGUCCUUGCCAACAAAUUGAGAUUCUCUCUUGUUCGGGGUUAUACGCUCAUACUUCAAACAACAUUUCACCGUUCUUUAUGAACUGCCUAUUUCAAUGAGGCAUCCUUUUCCAAUGUGAAAUGUUUCAUAGGACGUUUUCGGACCUGUUCGCUUCGUCGUACAGGUCAUGUUCAAUGUUAAGGAGGGUUUUGGACUCACGGCUAGUUCGACAGAUGCAGUGAUGGACACUAGCUGGGAAGAGGAUAAGUUUUCCCUGAAUAGGGUUUUCUGAAGCUGGCUGGAUAUGGAGGUGUUUACAGGGACCAGCUGGAUCCUGGAAAGUAUUGUGUAUUGUAGACGAUGUACUAUUUGUGUCUUUUGUUUGUUUCAGCUGUGGAAAUAAAAUUAUUGCUGCCAGAAGUCCUACGUGACGAACCCUUCGUUAGAUUUGGCGUUCAUGAGUUCACUGGCCUUUCUCUCUA